AUGGGACUCGCCUGUAUUCGAACACGGCUGCAACAUCGCAAGGCGAGGAACGAAACCUAUCAGUGGGAUCGACUUCCUUUUGAGGUGCGGCUACUGAUUUUGGAGGCGUUGAUACAACAUCAACGCUGCAGCAGUAAAUCUAAGCCUGCAGUCGCUAAACCUGACAACACAUUGGCCACCACGCUCGAUGGCGGUCCAGCAGGAUAUGCUUCCGUCUGUCGAGAAUGGCGGGCUGUCUUUGAGAAGAACAUAUUCCAUCGGCUUGUACUACAUCAGCAAGAUCUAGAGGAGUUUGGAAACCUCGUCCGCUUCCAGAAGGAGCUUGUUAAGCAUAUUUGGCUCCGCAUCGAGCUCGAUCUCUACACAUGCCUAACUUGCAGGGAGGGGGAGAAUAAACUCAUGAAGCGCAAAAAUAAUGACACAAUAAAGCAAGCUAUUUACAAGCUGUUCUCAAUUCUGAGCAGCUGGGAAGAGCAUCAUAGCCGAAACAACCGUGGUCUUACUCUGGAGAUAAGCAUCCAUUCACCUAGUGACUCGCAACACCAUUUCCAGGACCACCGUAUUCACGCCGUCGAUGACUGUGUAGAACCCACCCAGGACUUUGGCGGAACUGUUAUCUACGACUAUAUCCAUGGCUGGGAUAAUAGGCGAAGGGUGCAUUCUCUGCGUCUAUCGUCUAUAUUCUCGCUCUUUGGGCACCCUGUUGAUGUCAGGUUUCGGCAGAAGUUUCCCUCUGUCAGCGUGGUCAAGCACCUUCUCAUCCGUCGACAGACUCGACGCAAGUUAUGGCCAACGACGCUACAGCAGAUCCUUAAGCGUCUUCCUAAACUUGAGUCCCUAUAUUAUGAGCCUUGGCGGCAGUUAUCACGGAGCUUAAGAGAGACUUAUGACGAAGGCUAUACGACAACUUUCUCGAACGUCGUACCUAAUACCCUAACGAACCUCAUAUUAUUCGAAGACUUUAAUGAGGACUUUAUUUUCGCCAACAUGAAAGAACGUGGGCACAAUGGGGAGCGGGAGCGAAUCUGUUGUCCAGCCUUGGGUGCAGUUUUGGCCCAGAGAAGCCUCAGCCACGAAAAUUUAUCGGCAUCUUUUCUUAUUGACGCGAAGGACUUCUUGAAAGCGUGCCCCCCUGGUGGAAUCUGGCCAAAACUCACUUCGUUGGCAUUAACUUCACCGCUGCUAAGUUCCAACAGCAGCCUCGAGGAUAUAAACAACCUUGUACUAGCUGCUGCCUCUGCUGCCUACAAAAUGCCAAAGCUCCAAACGAUGGAGCUAUGGAAUGGCGGAAAACGCCAUGCUUUUCUAUUUCGGUAUCAUACAACCGAUAAUCACACCACAAUCUCCUGGCAUGGCACGUGGAAUCUUAACCUAAAGCCUCAUGUCAUAGAGGCAUGGAGAGAGGUCGCACUCAAGUAUGCCGCACAAGAGCUUCGGAUUGAAAAGGGUAAAAUUUUAGACUGCAACAUUAUCAAUUCUCAUGGCGCUGCUAUUCAUCAGCUGAAGCUGAAGAUACAGGUAGUGCAUCCAGUAUCCUUAAGUCAGAUACGAGGGGAGGCAGAAAAUUACUUCCCCCGUUAA